GUACGACAGCCAGCGCUCUCUCGGCCGCGGACUCCCGCCCAACACCUCGCAUUUGCGCCCUCGACUGUCCGGCGGGAAGCUUCGUCCGGAGCCGAAACUCACCCUGAUCUGUUCCCUGAUGACCUCAUAAUGGAUCGCAACACGCCGUCUUCUGACGCCUAUUACGAUUCAGCCGAAGUAGAAGUUUUAGAGCAUUACGAAAUCAAUAGGGAACGUCACAAAGGUGCGUUUUUCUGCCCUCUACCAGAGUGCAGCUUCCAUUUGUGUGGUGUCUCUGUGUGCUCCCUGUUUUCGAUCGAAUGUUAUGAUACUGGUUCUGCUAAAUCUGUUGUCGCUUAA